GUGACGUAGCCGAGCAGGGUUGUGUGACUUCUGUGUUUCUUCUAAACCGUGUAGUCACUCUCGGAAGCUAGCAGUUUAUCACAAUUGCUACCUGGAUUGUUUUUUGUUUUAUAAGUGGAGAUUUGCCUGAAUAGCCUCACGAUGUCUAUCAUGUCUUAUAACGGCGGGGCCGUCAUGGCCAUGAGGGGGAAGAACUGUGUGGCCAUCGCUGCGGACCGAAGGUUCGGGAUCCAGGCCCAGAUGGUGACCACAGACUUCCAGAAGGUUUUCCCCAUGGGCGAGAGGCUGUACAUCGGGCUGGCGGGGCUGGCGACGGAUGUCCAGACAGUAUCACAGAGACUCAAGUUUCGCCUGAACCUUUAUGAGCUGAAAGAGGGUCGUCAGAUCAAGCCCAAAACCUUCAUGAGCAUGGUGUCUAACCUGCUGUACGAGAGGAGGUUUGGACCGUACUACAUUGAGCCCGUCAUCGCUGGACUGGACCCUAAGACCUUCGAGCCUUUCAUCUGCUCCCUGGACCUGAUCGGCUGCCCCAUGGUGACCGAGGACUUUGUGGUGAGCGGGACUUGCUCGGAGCAGAUGUACGGCAUGUGCGAGUCGUUGUGGGAGCCAGACAUGGAACCAGAGGACCUGUUUGAGACCAUCUCGCAGGCCAUGCUGAAUGCCGUGGACAGAGAUGCGGUGUCUGGUAUGGGCGUGGUCGUACAUGUCAUUGAGAAGGACAAGAUCACCACCAGAACACUGAAGGCAAGGAUGGACUAAAACCCCCACUCAUGGCACCUCCUCAAGUUUUGUAUAAAAAAAAACCAUGUACUGUUUUCCUCUUAUUGAUAAUAAAUGAAACGAGUUUCAA